UGAUUUACUGUUACGUUUCGAUAACUUUCGUGCGGCCUCCAUUUGUCCUUCGAGUUAGCACAUUGGCUGCUUGUAACUUCUGCUUAACAAGUUGAACACCGUUAAAACCUACGAUGCAGUCCUUGCGGUUGGUGGCCGGUACUGUCGCCAGACUAUCCAGGCAGCAGUCCACAUCGGCGGCGUCUCCGGCGAAGACGGUUGCCGCCGGGGCACACGGCAGGCGCAUGAAGUACCCCUACACGUUAUCGGCGAAGAUCGCACAGUUCCCCUACAAGUGGCACUUCCAGAACUUCUGGUUCGUCAGAUACUUCCUCUGCGGUGGCUUCGUGGUCUACAUGGUCUUCAUAGUGUAUCCCAUUCACAAGGCCGUCAACUCUCCGGCGGCCGUUGCAGCUCACAAGGAACUCAUGCGCAAGCAGGCCGAAGAGCACCACCACCACUAACAGCACUGCAAGAAACAAGUUGGGUGUAGCCUCUAGUGAAGCUAAUAAAGAAAUGAGGCGCAUUAAUUUUUGCA